AUGAAGUUAUUGACACACAAUAUGUUGACAUCUCGAGGAUUAAAAGGAGUAUCUGUUGGAUAUCCUCUCGGGAUUGUGGCCAAAGACAUUAAAGUUGCGGACAUUGAUUUUAAUUCCGAGUUUAUUGCCAGAAUAGGACACGUCGGAGAAUUACCGCAAACUAUAAUCCAAGAUUUUGAAAACAACGAAGAUUUUUUACGUAAAGUCCACCACGUAUUACUGGAAGUAGAAGUAAUAAAUGGCGACUUAGUUUGUCCCGAAUCGGGUCGAAAAUUCCCGAUUAAUAACGGAAUUCCCAACAUGUUGUUUAACGAAGACGAAGUUUAA